ACGCUUGCACGUGCUAAAAUUUCGCGCCGAAAUAGCGCCAUCGCCAGCUUAUGCGGAAUUUGGGCAUCUAUCUCCAUCGGCAUCGACACCUGUUUCGAUCGCCAGACUUCGCCAUGGCUUUGCGUGGCGUGUUGCUGUGUGCUUGCAUUUGCGCAGCCAGCAGCAGCGCCGGUGACUUUGACUGCGGGGAUGAACCCUACUUGAUGCUGGAGGAGGUGCUGCACAACAACCUCGGCGGUCAAGGCCCGCACCGCGGCAAAGAAGGCAUCGUCUAUCAGGCAGUGGAGUACUACAAGAACAUGCAUCGCAUCGUGCACGUCAAUGUGCAUGCAGUCAACAAGUACGUCCCAUGGGAUGUCUUUGCCAACGGCCUCAACGGGCGAUUCGGCGUCUUCACUCAGGAAGCCGGGCACAGCGUGGAUGUGGAAUUUAGUUUUACAACCUCCGACGGCAAGCCCGUGACCCUCCGGACCUUCACCAUCAGCAUCUAUGACAUGGACAGGGACGAAAAGAAAGGCGAGGGCGUGGAGCGCGUGAUCCCACUACAGCCAUACAACAUGGUGUACCUCACCAACACCACUCAGGUGAAGAAGGUGAAGACCUCCAAUGGCGAUGCCUUCGAAGGUACGGAGCUGGGCACCUACCAGGACAACCCCGUGAAGGUGGUGCAUGAGCAUCAGAUUGAUGAGGACAAGUCCAUCGCUUUUGAGUUCAAGGAUGUGACAAAGGUGCGCAUGACCUUUGCAUCUACCGCGGGUGCAAUGGCGCGCACUACGCAGUGGGCCUGCCUCAACGCCCUGAUGUGCAAGGCGAAGAAGGACAACCCGGGGCAGUGGCACACGGACUUGGCUGAGCAGGUCGCCCUGGACCCCCAGAAGAGCGGACAGGUGCCAAUCCGCACCCGAACGGGGGUGCCGUUCGAGUACAAGUUUCCCAGCGGCUUGUUCUCCAAGUCGACUGGGCACUUCAGGGCCACAUCCGGAGGAGCCACGUUGCCGGCAUGGCUCCACUUCAACAGCAAGACGGUGACGCUCUCCGGCACCCCGGGCCCCGAGAAUCGCGGCAUCAUCAACGUCAAGGUGACGGGCGUGGAUGCCGCCGGCGUGGAAGAGACCACCACACUGACCAUCCACAUCGGCGGUGGCCCUGCGCUCACCAAGCCCAUUCCCACGCAACAUCUUACACCUGGGAAAGACUUUGUCUACUCUCUGCCCAAGGGCAUGUUCAUCGACGCCACGGACGGGGAGAAGCUCAACUUCUGGGCCUCCACCACGGACGGGUCCAAGUUGCCAGCUUGGCUUCAUUUCGAUGCUGAGCACGGCAGAUUCUAUGGCCGGCCCCCUGCCCAUCUUACAGGUGUCUUGGAGGUGUUGCUCACCGCCAUGGACUCGCAGCACCUGUCUGUGACGGACAGUUUCGACAUCAUCCUGGGCGAUGGCAGCGGUCUUUCGCAGAUCGCAGGCAACGAGCCGCCCUUCGUGGCAAGCCACCUGGAGCCUCAGAGCGUGAAGCCCGGCAAGGCCCUGCACUUCCAGGUGCCCAGGGGGUCCUUCGUGGACAGCGAAGACGAGGAGCUGCACCUCACGGCCGCCUUGGCGGAUGGCAAGGCGCUGCCCAAAUGGCUCCACUUCGACCCGGCCAGCGCCAGCUUCAGCGGCACGCCCUCGGAGGGUGACUCGGGCGUGAUUGCUGUGAAGGUCACCGCGCGAGACAGCGGGGACGCAGCCGUCAACGAGAGCUUCUUGAUCAACAUCACGGGGCAUGCCGCGCCCGGCUCCUCGAAGCUCCGGGGGCCCAUGCUGCCGCUGCAGCACUUCCGCGCCAUGCCGAAGGCCGUGGUGGGCCACGGCUUCCGCUUCCAGGUGCCCAAGGGCACCUUCGGCCAUGCGGACGGCAGUGGGCCCGUCUCCUACGAGGCCCACCUCAGCAAUGGCAAGCCACUGCCCAGCUGGCUGCACUUCGACGAAAAGACGGGCACCUUCACUGGCACCCCGCUCUCAUCGGAGACAGGCUCGUUGAGUGUGGAAGUGGUGGCCACUGAUAACAAGGGCUCCAGUGCCAGCGAUAGCUUUGUCAUCGAUGUGCGCCCCACUGACCUGGAAUCCAUCGUGCUGCGUGACGGGCUGCUGAAGGCAGGUUCGGGCCGGAGCAAGUGGAUGAUGCUCAUGUGCAUUUCCUUGAUGGUCUUUGCCGGCGUGGUCUGCUGCGUUGCGGUGGGCUUCUUUGGUUUCAAGGUGAGCAUCAAGAGACGCUUCGUGCAGGACUCCAAGCUGAACCACCACCAGAAGAAGACCGCGCCGGUGGGCACCAUGCGGCGCAUGGAGUGCUGCGGCGCCGCGUACGAGAACUAUUCCACCGUUCCAAAGGACGACAUCGAGAUCCUCGUGGACUGAGCAUGAGUACCCGAAGCCAAACAUGUUGCUUGGGAGAAUUACAAAUUACAGUAAUGCAGGUUCAGCGCCGGUGGCAAGUGCAACA